CAAAUAUUUCGACUGCCAACCUUUACAUACAAUUUAUCGUUAAUCAGCUCCAACAGGAUAAAACGAGAUAAAAGUAAAGCACAUUUUCGCUUGUUUAUGGGUUAAAAUGUUUGAAGUGACUGACAUAGGGGUUUAAAAUCAAUAAGUAUUGUUUUGGGAUAAUGGCUUAAUUUUCAAUAGCCAGCAUUCACGUUUAUGACUGCGUUAAGUAGGCGUCAGUACCGAACAAUCUGUGACACUCGGCAUGCGGCAUCAUCCUGUGCCAACAAACAAAAAGGUCCAAAGGGCGUGACGCUGAUGACAGUACAAGAAGGGAAUCCCACUGAAUGUAAUUCCACAUCCGCAGGUGAAAAUUAAGAUACAUACAAACCACGGGGAAGUCGCCGUUGUUGUUCAUUCUGUCUAGCUAGCUGCGCAGAAGUCAAGAAUGGAGCCAUCAGAACAGUCAGGCCCAGACUCUGAGUCUCAGGAUGUCAACCCUGUGUUUCUGCAGCAGCUCAGAGAGCUGGACAUCCCUGAGGAGGCAGCGAAACAGGCACUCCUGCACACCCGGAACGUGUCUGCCGAGGAGGCAGCCAUGUACUACUUCAACAAGCUGGAGAAUGAGGAGGAGGGAGAUGAUGACCUGAUGUUCAAGAUGGUGUUUGUGGUGAACAUGGACCUUGCCAUGGGUGUUGGAAAGAUCAGUUGUUUCAUUUUCAUCAUCAUGAUAAGGAGGAAUCCAUCCUGGAGCUGGGAAAAGAUCAGGAGUGGCAGCCCAGGUUGGUCAUGCUGCUGUAGGUUUGUACCAGGCUCUACAGGAGAAGAACAGCUGGAGGGAAAUGGCCUGGAAGUGGGACCACAGUGGAGCCAAGAAGGUGGUAGUCCAGGGCACCAACGUGGCUCAUCUACUGGAGCUGCAGGCCCUGGCCAUGAGCCUCAGCCUGCCCACUUACCUGGUCCAAGAUGCAGGGCUUACCCAGGUGGAGGCUGGGUCCCGCACUGUUCUUGCCAUCAUGGGGGAGGAGGAGAUGGUGAACAAUGUCACUGGGAGUCUGAAGAUGCUCUGAGGGGCUCAAACCCACAGUGGAGAGGCAGGGCUCUGCAGUGCCAAAGUGCAACCAGCAGAGGACAGAAAUUCCCAGCAACAGGGAGAGCCUUGGCGUGCAAGUGUGUAACAACCUUUAAAAAAGACUUAAACAACAAGGGAAAACAAGACGUCCCGUCACCAGAAAACAAACACUAUCAGCCAUUUGUUUCCCUUUCAUUCUUUGUCUGAGCCACUUAGUUGGCCAUUGAGAGCAGGAGGGGAGAGAGAGACUGGUUCCUGACAAGGGAACGAGACAAAGGCAGUUGAAAUUUCUUUUUCUGACCUCUAUCUUUUUUUAAACAGGCAACCUACCUAGAGUCUUAUUAGAAUCUCAAUCAUUUUUCAAACACAUCUAGUCUUUUGUCCAGUCUAGGAUAAGGUCAAAGACAAAUCAAGUAGUUUUGGUGGUUGACCAAUCUUAUAGUUCUGCUUAUUCAAUGGGCCAAGUACUGUAAACUAAUACAUAAUGUAAUUAGAAUUAUACCUAGCAGAUGUAGUAUUUGCCUGUUGUAUUCACUAGUCCUGAGUAAAGUGUAACUUACUAACUAAUAAUAUGUGAAUACUCGUUUUUGACAUUUAAAUGAUUUUGUGUCUGUAUGCAACUAUUCACCCGAAGAUCCCUAUCCUACAGACUGAAUAAAAUUACUUAUUAUCAAUAAAUGGCAAUAUUUUAUACAUGUCUGUUGAGAGCCAUAUAUUGUAUAAUCAUUGGUGUGCCAUCUAAACAGUAUGCACAAUUACUGGACUUUGCUGUAUUGUUUUUUAUGCAAAACAAAAAAAUUCUAAAUUAUAAUUUUUGGAUUUAUUGGUAGAAUUUGAUGGUAGGAAAGACGUUCUGUGGAGCCAAAAUGUCAUGUAGUAGAGGUCGGUGUUGGCCCUAACUCUAUGCACUCUAAUUGCCUGUGAUGGAUAGGUUACAUUAAUGAAUAUGAUCAAUUUACAGCUUGAGAGAAUGCAAAUGAUUGUGUGUAUGAUAAUCGUUAUGGACUAGGUCAUUAGUCUUGCAAAGUAAUAAUUAUAAUAUACAAGAAUGUGUG